AAUGACAACCUGCGUGGGAGUUUGAACCUGAAAUCCAAAUGUUUCUAUGUGGUGCUAGAAUGAAACAACGUACGAGCUAAAGUCGCAUUAGCAAAGCAAACAAGGCUGAGGAAGUUAGCUUUCCCAUGAUGCACCCGUCCUCCCUUCCUAUCUCGCGCCUUCUGCCAGAAAGAGACGCGGUCCAUCUUGCGUGUUCCGUCUUCGCUGCUGUUGCCCAGCGCGCUUCGUUGUGCUGAAUAAUAAUGGCGGCGUCGGGAGGCGGAUUAUCGUCGCCCACCAGCGUCGCGGCUGCGAUGAACGCUCAAACUGUCGCCCGGGCUCGCUUCCCGGGCAGGCCGUGUACGAGCCGCAUCAGUCGGCUGAGGCCGGGGAAGCGAACCAAACGCGGAAGACUGAGCUCGGACGACGGGGAGACGUCGGACGCAGGGCCGAGGCCUGCAGACGCCGGCCUCCCGUUGAGCGAGGACCCGGCCUUGCUGCGCCUUCUCGGGGUGACGGAGAAGUACACGCGGCGGAGAGAGGCGGGCUUCGACUCCAGCCACAGCGAAGAGGAAGAAGAUUUUGAUGGCUUUGGAGCCCCGAAAGGUCGUCAGCACAACAAAGUGAAGCCUCCCGAAGACCGUUGCCCUUCACCCAAACCUCUUCUUGGAAAAAUACUCCCCAGAACUUCCCCCAAAUCUACGUUGGUUGGGAAAAUAGUACGAAGGACUCCCAAAGAAGAGGCUGCCAACAAAGGGAAAGGGCUAAAAGGCAAAGGGACACCAAAGGCGGGACAUUCAGACGAGCACGCCCCAGGCAGCUUGAAGUCAGACGACAAAGCCGGGGCCGCACAGCAGGGUGACACACACGCCUCCAAGGUCAAAGUGGACCAUGAGGUGUCGCAGGAUGCCGUGCCGCCGAGGAAGCGUGGGAGGGGCUUUCCGCUCGGACACAACAGGCUGACCGUGUCGUCUUUGCAGCGACGCCACAGGAAGAGGAAGGGCAUGGCUGCUUCCCCGGAAAUUGGAGAGGAAGCCGGCGUGCUGAGCGGACAGGAAGCGGCGAUGCCCCUGGAGGGGACGUCCCCGAUGUCGUCGGAGCAUCGCGCGCACAAGAGACACUCCCGCAAGUCUUUGUUUGGCUACAAAAGAAAGACGCCUAAAAACGCCUCCCCCGCCACCGCCAGCCCAAAGAGGACCAAACGUGCAAAGCAUGUUUUUUACACCUAUGUUACAGACCCCGCCCCCACCGCGCCGCCAGAAGCCGACCUCGGUUCCCUUUUUGACCGAGUCCAAGCCAACGCUGCUGUGACGACGGCGCGGUCCUCACGCGUCAUCAAAACACCAAAGAGGUUCCUGGAUGAGGGACUUGACUCUUUUCCGAGGGGCAAUUUGUCCUCAUGGCGGAAGAAUCAACAGCGGGAGGACGAGAAGACCAGCACAUCCUCCCAUGAAUCUGCUUGUGACAUCGACACCAUCUCUGCGGUGGACAGCCCCUCGGCUGUUGCUGCUAAGCUGACGCCGCCACCCGGUCACGGCACCAGUCACCUGGAGUUCUACAAGAACCUCAAGAGGCUCACCCUGAAGCUGGCGGAGAGGAGAGGCCAGUUCGUCCCUCAGCAGAGCGAGGGCACUCACUCCGCCGUUGUCAACCCGCCCGUCAAACGGCGGCGCAAGUCAAAACUCACCAUGGAGGAGAUGGACUCGCCUGGGGUGGUGAGAAAGCUGGCUGUGUCGCUUAGCGGCAACGUCAAGACGUCCUCCCAGACCUCGCAAGUGGACACGGACAAAAACGAUGAAGCAGGAAGCGGAGCAGGAAGCGGGGAAGCUCGGCAGGCGGUGGAGGCCAUUCCCAGCCAUCGCGUUGGUCUCAGCGGAGCCAAUAAGAGGAUGCUGCACCUUCUGAAGAAAGCCAAAGUGCAGCUCAUUAAGAUCGAUCAGCAGAAGCAGUUCAAGUUGCAGCUGAGCUCCAGCCAGACCCACGUGACAGUGAGUCGGAGGAGGAAAAGGAGAGUCAACCUGUCUCCUAAACUUGGCACUUCUCAGGAGCAGCCGCUACGGGGUCCCAGGAUCAAGCAUGUGUGCCGGGCGGCCGCGGUCGCGCUGGGCCAGCCCCGCGCCAUGGUGCCAGACGACAUCCCUCGCCUCAGCGCGCUGCCGCUCCACGAGAGGGAGGGGAUCGCCCUGUCGCCCGCCGUAGAGGAUGUUGCAGAUGAUGAUGAUGAUGAUGAUGACAUCUCUGAUCAAGGCAGGGCUCAGUGGAUUGUCUCUCAGGAACCCCUCCAGCGAAGGCGGCGGGGCAGGAGGCGGGGCCACAAGUUCAAAAAGAGGAAAGUACUGAGCCGGUACGCGCCCGGCGGUGUCCGCUCGCGCCGCUGCGGAAGGUGCAAAGGCUGCUUGGUCGACAGCGACUGCGCCAAGUGCAUGAACUGCCGCGACAAGCCCAAGUUUGGGGGGCCCAACAAGAAGCGACAGUGUUGCAUAUACAGGAGGUGUGCACGCAUCGAGCAGGCAAAGACGGAGCGCAUUGUCAAACAGUUCAAAGUCCGGGCCAGGCGCAUGUCUGCCCCCAUGUCCAGCAGUGAGGAUGCCAACUGGCAGAAUGACUCGUACAAGCCCUCGCCCGUCACGCCCAAUAAAAUCCGGAAAGAGUCCCUGCGCAACAUCACGCCACGCUCCUAUUGGAACCUGCUCAAGUCCGAAUCUGACGAGGAACAGGAAGAAGUGAAGAAGUUGUUCAAGGCGAGCAAGCCGGCCGAUGCCCGCCCUCCAAGUGGACUCCUGGGAUCACGGGACCACCCUCCCCAGGAGGCUGUGAAGCAACGUCGGCCAUUCUCCAAAGCAGGUCCAGGCCGGCCAAGAGCUAAUAAGAAUCCUUCUGAGUGCACGUCAGUGAACGCCCUCGCGGGUUUCACUAACGGUUUCCCGCAGAAGGGCUCAGUGCAGGACAAGAACAAGAUCCGUGUGGAUUUUAAGGAGGACUGUGCCGUGCAGAAUGUGUGGCUCAUGGGCGGGCUCAGCAUCCUCACGUCCGUCCCAACCACACCUCAGCCAGUAUGCCUGCUCUGUGCCAGCAAGGGACGACAUGAUAUGAUCUACUGCCAGAUAUGCUGCGAGCCCUUCCACAGCUUCUGCCUAUCGACUGAGGAGCGCCCUCUGCAGGAGAACAAGGAGAACUGGUGCUGCAGGCGCUGCAAAUUCUGCCACGUGUGUGGGCGUAGGAGCAAAAUCUCAAAGCCUGUGUUGCAAUGCAGAAGAUGCCAAACAUCCUACCAUCCUUCCUGCCUGGGACCGACAUACCCAAAGCCCAUGAACUGCAGCCUGCCCUGGGUCUGCAUGACGUGUAUCCGUUGUAAAAGCUGUGGCAUUACUCCUGGAAAGUCAUGGGAAAUUGCCUGGAACCACGAAGAGAACUUCUGUCCCGAUUGUGCCGUUCUCCACCAGAAAGGCCACUUCUGCCCGGUCUGCAACAAGUGUUACGAUCACAGCAGCCGGCCCCCGCAGAUGAUUCAGUGUUCCAAAUGUAGCCACUGGGUGCACCACGCAUGCGAGGGGCUUUCGGAGGAGCUCUACGGCCUGCUGUCCAGCCAAGCUGAAAGGGGGGGGUUCACUUGCUCCCCCUGCUGCCAGCAUGUCAAAGAAAACAGCAGCUUGACGGAGCGUCUGCACAGCCGACUGCUGGUCGGCUUGGAGGAGGUUCUCACUGGCCUCCUCACCUCUAACACCAGCCAGCACCUCAGGCUCUGCAAAACGUGUCAGGAAAGGAAGGGGACGGAUUGUAACGGGGAGCAGCCAUCAGUGUGUGACCUACAAGCCAUGCACACAAAGUUAAAAGGGGGCGGCUACUCUUCUAUUAAAGAUUUCCAUGCAGAUAUUGUCUCCGUCAUGAGGACAUGGCUGAAGGAGGAGGAGAACUCUCCCUUUGUGGCCGAGAGGCCAACCAGUCACGCGAGGGAGUACUACGUCAAACUAAUGGUACAAGUAUUCAGCUGGCUCCCUGGAUACUACCAAAACAAGUUGAGCUCAUUCUCUGAGCACACGCCAAGUGGCAUGUUCCCCGAGGCCGUCCUCCCCCCUUCGAAGGAGCACAGCUAUGCACAGUGGACCAAGAGGACGUGCCAGCCGAGGGAAUGCAGAGGGCCGCAGGCAGGGAAGGCCGACCCGCCAGGUGUGAAGAACGACUGGGAGAGCAAAGAUGGCCGGCAGUGUGCCUUGUGCCAACAGUACGGUGACUCGGCUCCCAGGGAAGGAGGCAGACUGUUGUACAUGGGCCAGAAUGAGUGGGCCCACAUUAACUGCUGUCUUUGGUCUGCUGAAGUUUAUGAGCGCAACGGGGCUCUUUUCCAAGUCCACACUGCCGUUUCCAGGGGCCGCCACUUGCGUUGUGAUGGUUGUGGGCAGUCGGGGGCCACGGUGGGGUGCUGCCUUUCCACCUGCCAAAGUAAUUUCCACUUCAUGUGCGCUCGAGCCCAAGACUGCGUGUUCCAGGAGGACAGGAAGGUGUACUGCUUUAAGCACAGAGACCUCGUCAGCGUGGAGAUGGUGUCUGGGCAAGGAUUUGAAGUCCCUCGACGGGUCUAUGUGGACUUUGAAGGCAUCACUCUCAAGCGAAGGUUCCUCACAGGACUUGAGCCCGAAUCUAUAAAUAUGACCAUUGGGUCCCUGCAGAUUCAGAAACUCGGCGUGUUGACGGAGCUGUCAUCAAAUGGACGGAUGUUAUAUCCUGUUGGAUACAUAUGUUCUCGCUUGUACUGGAGCACCGUGGAUCCGCGCAGACGGUGCAGGUACACCUGCAAGGUGACAGAAGUCAGCACGCCGCUACCUGGUGAGGAACCGGAUCUAAAGUGCGAUCAGGGGGAGAAUCACACCAUCGUCCACAGCCCCAACUUCUACGAAGAGACUCCCGACAGUUUCAGCACCUCAUCCAGUCCACUGACCUCGUCUACGCCGUCGCCCAACUCCAAACACAACACACCUGCAUCCAAACACCCCGGCUACUCGCAGACCAGGAGACCAGCAGGAGGAUCAUCGCGACCCCUCCCAUCUCCAGGUUCGGCCUCUUCCAAACUGCAUCCAAUCCUCACCCUGCGUGACCUGGACAGCACUCAGCGUCGCCGAAGGCCGUCGGCAAGGAGCCGCUGCAGCUCCUCCCCGACUGACAGCGACCCCUCUGGCCCCAUGACCCUGCGUUCGGGCGGAACCGUCCACUCCCGAUGCGCCCUGUUUAGCUCCCCUCCCAGAUCCUCAAACGUGCCACCGGCCUCUCCUCCCCUGUCGCGACAAAGCUCGCUCUCCCCAGUUUGGAGCUCCCCGCCGCGAUCCAUUUCCGCAGUGUUGCCCCCUCUCCACAUGUCCCCAAGAGGGAGGCACGCCUUUAAGAUAACCACUCUGGUGUCUGCUGAGGUUCCUCAAGACUUCUUGGCGUCAUCCGAGGCGGAGGAUGCCGCCGUGGCGACGGCCAACGGGAUCUCGCUCGCUCCUGACAACACGGAGGAAGUGGCGCAUCUGAUGACACAGGAACUGCCCUACUCCGUGUUUGACACCGACACCGACGUGGCGGUGGCCUCUGUGCUGAACGCCAAGCUGGAGUUUGACGAGACUCUGCUCACUGAUAACCUGGUAUUGAACUGUGGCGCACCGGAGGGGCGGCUGGAUUUGGGCAUGCAGGGCGUGGAGGUGCAGGAGAAGAGCCAGGUGGACUCGGAAGACGACGAUUCUGCCCACCACAUCACACUCACCCGCACCGUGGUGUGCGACGCCGCCGGCAGCGCACAGCCUUCCACACUGCCCUCAACACACUCCAUUCCCCAGCUCGACGGGGCGGACGACGGCUCCGAGAGCGACCAGAGCCAGGAGGCGAGCGACCACGAAGGUCCACACGGUGAAAGCUCUCACAACCACGACAACCCCAACACGCCCACGAAGCAGCUGGCGGUUGCGCUCCAGAGGCUGGAGUCUUUUUAUGAGGCGUCAACGUCGCAACACGGCGCCAGCGAGGCGGGCGACUUCCAGCAAGAUCCAUCACUGCCGGUUUUUCUCGACGCUUUGGAUCCGUACAUGUCUGUUCAAAGCGAGGAGGUUCUGUUGGACAACGAAACGCCGGCCAAGGACUCCGCCACUCACGCCAAAGCUGACCAUGACGACGCCUCAUCCAUAGACUCCACCGAGGGCUUUAAAGAUGACGCAAAAGAUCCAGACUACACCCCCAAACCUACAAGCCCGCCACAGGUGAAAAAACUCCUCAAGAAAGUACGCCACACUCCGAGCUUCAAGUACGUGCUGCCAAAGCAGUACGUCUCCCCUCAAACUCACAAAAUCAAAGUCAUCUUGCCCGCUCAGCCAGCACGGCUUGCGGGCGGCACCCCCAUGGACGUGACUGCUGCGCCUUGUACGGUCACGGCCCCCGUCGUGUUGAACGGCGUCAGUGCUUUAAAUGUCCCGCCUGGUGCCCCGCGGGGGAAAACCAUCGCCAUCCGUUUGGACAACUCGAAGCCUGCAGUGCCGCAGCAAGCACAGCUGGUCGGCCCCGCCCAGGCCGCCCAUGCAAGUCCUCCAUCAAGCCCCCAGGUCCUGCUGGUCAACCGGCAGGGUCAGAUCCUGCUCAAAGACUCCAGAACCAACACCUAUCAGACGCUCAGUUCCAAUUCUCCCACCUACAGCAAGAUCAGUCAGAUUGCCAAGAUGCUCCACAGUCGCAACUCCUUGCAGCGAUUGGCCCCCCGUGGGGCCGACAAGCCUUGCACCAGCAGCCAGCCUACAAACGCCCCCCCUGCUGGAAACCACGCACCGCCAGCCGACAAAAAGGCCAAUAAAGUCGUCUACAAGGUGGUGCCCAUGAAACGCAUUACUAACCUGAGCUCCCCCGCCCCGGUCCUCGUCACCAUGCACCCUGAUCCUGACCCCAGUCCCGCCUCAUCCCCCGUCGCAUUGCACCCUGGUCCUGGUCCUGGUCCUGGUCCUGACCCCAGUCCCGCCGUGGCUGUGUCUGACAUCCCCAGCCAGAUGAUCAUCAACAAAGUGAUGGCCUCCCAUCGUGACCCUCUGAGGACAAAGCCCAUCAUCUUGUCCAACACCAAACGUGCGAGGGCCAAGCGCCUCCGAGCGCUCUUCCAGGAACACACAUAUCAGUCUGCACAGUGUCCAAGUGACAGCCUGCAGGCAACACCUGCACCCCCGCGCCACGUCAAGCGCACCUCCUCCGAAAAGACUUCCAGGAAGAAAUCCAAGAUGGACUUUCUGAGCGAGCCGUCCACGCCACCUGAAGCUGAGCAUCAGGAUUCCAGUGCCCCCCCCCUGAAAGAGCUUCCUGAUCUCAACAAGGAGAAUUCAACCGAGGACCAGUUCCCGAGGAUUAGCGCUCCGACGCCUCCGCCGUCUUCCAGACAUUCUCAGUUCGAUGCUGGAUCCGCUCCCGCAGCAGCGACUCAGGUCAUGGCGCACAAGUGGGUCAGUGCUCGCCACGGCAGCCUGUCGGAAUGGGACCCUGUUGCAGGUGGUAGUUCAGAGGACGAGGCUCCUUCGCCCAAAGCCAAAAGGAGCACGUACGUGAACCAGCCUCACCUGCGCUUUGAGAUCACCAGCGACGACGGCUUCAGCGUGAAAGCCAACAGCAUGGAGGUGGCUUGGCGUGCCGUCAUCGAGGGCGUCCUGGAUGCACGGGCGGACUUCCGCAUGAAGCAGCUGCCCCUGGGCGUCAUGUGCGGGCCGCGGGUGCUGGGCGUGGUCCACGACGCCGUCAUCUUCCUGCUGGAGCAGCUUCAGGGCGCCGCCCAUUGCAAGAGCCACCGCUUCCGAUUCCACCGCUGCGACGACAUCGAGGAGGAGCUUCCCCUCAACCCGAGCGGCUGCGCCCGCACCGAAGUCUACACGCGGAAAGCCACCUUCGACAUGUUCAACUUCCUGGCGUCGCAGCACAGAGCGCUCCCUGACCCCAGCCCCUUUGAUGAAGAGGAGGAUGAGUUCCCGCUUAAGUCGUCCAGGCGGGCCACCAGCAGUGAACUUCCCAUGGCCAUGAGAUUCCGACACCUGGAGAAAACCUCCAAAGAAGCAGUUGGCGUGUACAGGUCUCUCAUUCAUGGCCGAGGGCUUUUCUGCAAGAGGAACAUAGAAGCAGGAGAGAUGGUGAUCGAGUACGCCGGCACCGUCAUCCGCUCUGUGCUGACGGAUAAGCGGGAGAAAUACUACGACGGCAAAGGCAUCGGCUGCUACAUGUUCCGCAUCGACGACUUUGACGUGGUGGACGCCACCAUGCAGGGCAACGCGGGGCGCUUCAUCAACCACUCGUGCGAGCCCAACUGCUACUCGCGCGUCAUCAACGUGGACGGCCGCAAGCACAUCGUCAUCUUCGCCCUGCGCAAGAUCUACCGCGGCGAGGAGCUGACGUACGACUACAAGUUCCCCAUCGAGGACGACGAGAGCAAGCUGCGUUGCAACUGCGGGACGCGGCGCUGCCGCCGCUUCCUCAAUUGAAGCUUGAAGGUACGCUUGACGUCGUAACCCCCCGUCUCCCAUGAAGACCGGGGCUGUCUUCUCCCCGACAGACGCCACUCCUGAUUGACAUCCACGCUUCCUGUCACGGGGGCGAGGUCACGGGUGAUAUUUAUUUAGCGUGCGAGCACACCUUCCUUUCUCCUUUUUCCUUCCUCGUGAAGGUGCUGGUGACAUUGAAAGUCCCCAAAGGCCGUGACCUGACCCCCCACCCUCCCCCCCACUGGGUCCUGUCAGCCCGCUUGGCCUUGAAAGGAGGAAUACGUUGUAUCACAAAAACACCCCCCUCCUCAAAAUCCCACCUGGCAGACCACGCAACUAGACCGCCCAUGUAGACCACGCAACUAGACCGCCCAUGUAGACCACGCAACUAGACCGCCCAUGUAGACCACGCAACUAGACCGCCCAUGUAGACCACGCAACUAGACCGGCCAUGUAGACCACGCAACUAGACCGGCCAACUAGACCGCCCAUGGAGAAGCCAAAUUCUCAACUCAAGCCCCAACGGCUAACCACAACUCCAAAGCUAGGCUGAUGUACCGGGGGUGGGGGGGGGGUGGGGGGUACUGCAAGUCACCAUUGAUGCACUACACUGUUGAUGGGAAUGUCCCUUUAAUAAGCCAUUUCACUUUUCCAGUGCAUUAUUAUUUAGCCCCCCCACUCCAAACGCUUUUAUCCCCCCGUCAGCGCCUGGUCGUUGUUUUAACAUGUGGAAGUUGGGGGGGGGUCGGGGUGGGGGGGUCCUUGUCUCAUGAUGAGCUACUGACUCUCCAUCCAAAUCCUGGAUCUGUUUGUAUAGCUGACCAAUAAACGUGUACAUAAGGACACACCUUUGUUUGCAUGUGUGGAGACCCCGCCCCUCCCCACCCCCCCAUGUGUGCUCUACCUCAACAGAACAUGUAGAAGAUGUAGAGGAUGUAGAAGCGGCUCCAUUGUGGUUCUUAACAAGGUCUUGUUUACCAGUAGAGUCGGUACCAAGUACUUGAUGUCCAAACAGCUUUCACCUUCAUGCGUCAUGCCCCCCCCCCCCCCCCCCCCCC